CGGGCUCCUCACGCCCAGUCCCGCGCUCACCGUCCGUGACCGCAGAUUCGCUACAAACGGCCCUACCAAUCCGGAUCCCGAGUACUUCAAUUUCAGUCUCCAGAAACUCAACUCUAAGAUGGAGGUGCUAGAAGAGCACUGUGGGGUAUCCAGGGGCCUUCCGAAUCCUAAAGAAUGGCCUCUCGAGCCUCAGCGGGCGGGAGGGGAUCUGUGGCGAAAGUGCAGGUCGGCAGCGCCGCGGCUACGCAUUUACCCUGCGCAGACGCCGUCGCCGCCGCUGCUGCCGCCGCCGCUGCCACUGCCUUUGCCGCCACCGUCUCUGCUGCCGCCGUCCCCGCGUUGCCUCCGGGAACCUCUUUUGUUCCAGCAGCGUCGGGUCCCGAGGCCAGGCAACCUAGGGGUUCUCGAAAGGGGCGGCGGCCGCCGGAAUUGAGACACCCGGGCGCCGGCGGGACUGGGAGCGGCAGGGGUCAGCGCGGGAAUCCCAGGGAGCCGGACCAGAGCGUGGGGCGGCAGGGGGCCGGGGUGGCGAGGUCUGCAGUCUCUGGAGUUGGGGCUUCCCCUCCCCGGCCCGUCUUUCCCCGCUGGCCUCCCCAAGUGGGGUCGGAGCCCCGGCGGGCGCCCCCGGCGAUGAGCCCGGACUCGAGGUGGCCGAUGUGACAGCAUGGGGGUGGACUUUGACGUGAAGACUUUCUGCCACAACUUGCGGGCAACUAAGCCACCCUAUGAAUGCCCCGUGGAGACUUGCCGCAAGGUCUACAAGAGUUACAGUGGUAUUGAGUACCACCUGUACCACUAUGACCACGACAACCCACCACCCCCACAGCAGACUCCACUCCGAAAGCACAAGAAGAAGGGGCGCCAGUCACGCCCAGCCAACAAGCAGUCACCCAGCCCCUCAGAGGUAUCCCAGUCACCCAGCCGUGAGGUGAUGAGUUAUGCACAGGCCCAGCGCAUGGUAGAGGUGGACCUGCAUGGCCGAGUCCAUCGCAUCAGCAUCUUUGACAACCUGGAUGUGGUGUCAGAGGAUGAGGAGGCGCCUGAGGAGGCCCCUGAAAAUGGCAGCAAUAAGGAGAACACUGAGACACCGGCUGCUACUCCCAAGUCAGGCAAGCAUAAGAACAAGGAGAAGCGCAAGGACUCCAACCAUCACCACCACCACAAUGCUUCUGCGAGCACCACUCCCAAGCUGCCAGAGGUGGUGUACCGGGAGUUGGAGCAGGAUACCCCUGAUGCUCCACCUCGUCCAACUUCUUAUUACCGGUACAUCGAAAAGUCAGCAGAAGAGCUAGAUGAGGAAGUAGAGUAUGACAUGGACGAGGAGGACUACAUCUGGUUGGAUAUCAUGAACGAGCGGCGGAAGACGGAGGGUGUGAGUCCCAUUCCACAGGAGAUCUUUGAGUACUUAAUGGACCGGCUGGAGAAAGAGUCCUACUUUGAAAGUCACAAUAAAGGCGACCCCAAUGCACUAGUGGAUGAGGAUGCUGUGUGCUGCAUCUGCAAUGAUGGUGAGUGCCAGAACAGCAAUGUCAUCCUCUUCUGUGACAUGUGCAACCUGGCUGUGCACCAGGAGUGCUACGGUGUCCCCUACAUCCCUGAGGGCCAGUGGUUGUGCCGCCGCUGCCUGCAGUCACCCUCCCGUGCUGUGGAUUGCGCCCUGUGCCCCAAUAAGGGUGGUGCCUUCAAGCAGACAGAUGAUGGGCGCUGGGCCCACGUGGUGUGUGCCCUAUGGAUCCCUGAGGUCUGCUUUGCCAACACGGUCUUCCUGGAGCCUAUUGACAGCAUCGAACACAUCCCGCCAGCUCGCUGGAAGCUAACCUGCUACAUUUGCAAACAGCGAGGCUCAGGGGCCUGUAUCCAGUGCCACAAGGCCAACUGCUACACAGCCUUCCAUGUGACAUGUGCCCAGCAGGCCGGCCUUUACAUGAAGAUGGAGCCUGUGCGGGAGACAGGCGCCAACGGCACCUCCUUCAGCGUCCGCAAGACUGCCUACUGCGACAUCCACACACCCCCUGGUUCAGCACGCCGCCUGCCUGCCCUGUCCCACAGUGAGGGUGAGGAGGAGGAGGAUGAGGAGGAGGAUGAGGGUAAGAGUUGGAGCUCAGAGAAGGUCAAGAAGGCCAAGGCCAAGUCUCGGAUCAAGAUGAAGAAGGCACGGAAGAUCCUGGCAGAGAAGCGGGCAGCAGCACCUGUGGUAUCUGUGCCCUGCAUCCCGCCACACAGGCUCAGUAAAAUCACUAACCGCCUGACCAUCCAACGGAAGAGCCAGUUCAUGCAGAGACUGCAUAGCUACUGGACGCUGAAGAGGCAGUCACGGAAUGGGGUCCCACUGCUCCGUCGCCUGCAGACACACCUGCAGUCUCAGAGGAACUGCGACCAAGUCGGGAGAGAUUCUGAGGAUAAAAACUGGGCCCUUAAAGAACAGCUCAAGUCCUGGCAACGACUUCGGCAUGACCUGGAGCGAGCACGGCUGCUGGUGGAGCUGAUCCGCAAACGGGAGAAACUCAAAAGGGAGACGAUCAAGGUCCAGCAGAUUGCCAUGGAGAUGCAGCUGACCCCUUUCCUCAUCCUCCUUCGAAAAACCUUGGAGCAGCUCCAAGAGAAGGACACAGGCAACAUCUUCAGCGAGCCGGUCCCUCUGUCUGAGGUAACCGAAUUGGACGAAGUACCUGACUACCUAGACCACAUCAAAAAGCCUAUGGACUUUUUCACCAUGAAGCAGAACUUGGAGGCUUACCGCUACCUGAACUUUGAUGAUUUUGAGGAGGACUUCAACCUCAUCGUCAGCAACUGCCUCAAGUAUAAUGCCAAGGACACCAUCUUCUACCGGGCGGCAGUGCGGCUCCGUGAGCAGGGUGGUGCUGUGCUCCGCCAGGCCCGGCGCCAGGCAGAAAAAAUGGGCAUUGACUUUGAGACGGGCAUGCAUAUCCCCCACAGCCUGGCCGGAGACGAGGCCCCACACCACACCGAAGAUGCAGCAGAGGAAGAGGGGCUGGUCCUGCUGGAGAACCAGAAGUACCUGCCAGUGGAAGAGCAGCUGAAGGUGUUGCUUAAAGAGCUGGAUGAUGUGAAAGCCAGCAAGCAGAGUGUAGGCCGCUCCCGGCGUGCAAAGAUGAUCAAGAAAGAGAUGACGGCACUGCGGCGGAAGCUUGCCCACCAGCGGGAAACUGGACGAGAUGGGCCUGAGCGGCACGGCCCCUCCAGCCGGGGCAGCCUGACACCCCACCCCGCAGCCUGUGACAAGGAUGGGCAGACAGACAGUGCCGCCGAGGAGAGCAGCAGCCAGGAGACAAGCAAAGGCCUGGGUCCCAACAUGUCCUCAACCCCCGCACAUGAGGUGGGCAGGAGAACCUCAGUUCUGUUCUCCAAAAAGAACCCGAAGACAGCUGGACCGCCCAAGAGGCCGGGCCGGCCCCCCAAAAACCGGGAGAGCCAGAUGACCCCCAGCCACGGAGGCAGUCCUGUGGGGCCCCCCCAGCUCCCCAUCAUGGGCUCCCUGCGCCAGCGCAAGCGGGGUAGGAGCCCUCGGCCCAGUUCGAGUUCAGACAGCGACAGUGAUAAAUCCACAGAAGACCCCCCAAUGGACUUACCAGCCAAUGGCUUCAGCGGUGGAAACCAGCCAGUAAAGAAGAGUUUCUUGGUAUACCGUAAUGACUGCAGCCUUCCCCGGAGCAGCUCAGACUCUGAGUCCAGCAGCAGUAGUAGCAGCAGCGCUGCCUCAGACCGGACCAGCACAACGCCUUCAAAACAAGGCCGGGGCAAGCCCUCCUUCUCUCGGGGCACGUUCCCAGAAGAUAGCAGUGAAGAUACCUCAGGCACUGAGAAUGAGGCCUACUCCGUGGGCACUGGCCGCGGCGUGGGCCACAGCAGUAAGUACGCCUGCCCAAAGCCAGGGGUGCCGGGGGCCCAGAGUCAGGGCCAUGCCAGACCCCUGGCUGCUGACCCGCCCCCUCUCUCCCAUUCCUAUGAAGUGGUAAGGAAGAGUCUGGGCAGGGGAGCUGGCUGGCUGUCGGAGGAUGAGGACUCCCCGCUGGAUGCUCUGGACCUGGUGUGGGCCAAAUGCCGAGGGUAUCCAUCGUACCCAGCUCUGAUCAUUGAUCCAAAGAUGCCCCGGGAAGGUAUGUUCCACCAUGGGGUUCCCAUCCCUGUGCCCCCACUGGAGGUGCUGAAACUUGGGGAACAGAUGACCCAGGAAGCCCGAGAGCAUCUCUACCUCGUCCUCUUCUUUGACAACAAGCGAACCUGGCAGUGGCUGCCCAGAACUAAGCUGGUUCCUCUGGGCGUGAACCAGGACCUUGACAAGGAGAAGAUGCUGGAGGGCCGCAAAUCCAACAUCCGCAAGUCAGUACAGAUUGCCUACCACAGGGCUCUGCAGCACCGCAGCAAGGUGCAAGGCGAGCAGAGCAGCGAAACCAGCGAUAGUGACUAAUACUGCCCAGAACAACCCAGCCUACAGUGCCCUGCCACCUCUCUCCUCCCCUUUGCUCACUGUCCUGGAGUGGCAUCGGCCUCUGCACUGACUCAUUCCUGGUCUUGGGGCCAGUCUCAGGGGAAGCUGGGUGGGGGAGGUCCCUCCCGCCCUGAGUGCAGCUGGACUGUACAGAACACUCCAAGGGCCCAUGGUGGCUCUGCGCAAUGAGAGGAGAGGUCCUACAGGCCAGAAAGCUCCAGAGACCUCACGGCAUUGCAGUGCAAGGUGGUGGGCCAAGGUUAGGACACUGUGUAAACAGGCCAUCCCACCACCUGCCUGCUUGUGCCAGGAGAAUCCUAACUGCCUAGUGGCCUGAGGCCCCUGAGGUGGUGAGGUGAGCGGGCAUCUGCCCAGCCUAGCAGUGGGAUUGAUGUCUGUCCAGCCCGGAAGAGGGGCACUAGGUGACCCCCUCCCCUGCUGUUGUAAAUACUGUAAUUAGCGGAGAAUUUAAAUUAUUCUCAUUUGUAACUGCGUUUCCGGGUCGCGCCAGAGUCAUUUGGUACUAAAAAUCCUGGGGCCUGUCCCCACUUCCCUUCUUCCCAUAGAUUUCCCUCUCCUUUCAAACUGGUUUGUAUUUAUUUCAAAGGAAGAAAAUAUAUUGAUUCUUAGAAAAUAAAUGGUCUGUUUG